CACUCUAAAAUGUACGCGACGCGACGCCAAUCAACAAUCGAAGGAUAUCAAGGUCCUCGAUAACCAUCACCAAAGAAAUACCCAUACGAGUUAUUUGACACAAAGAAACGGCUCCCAACCAACCAACCAACCGAAACCCCCUCCCUCCCUCCCUCGAUCUCCUCAAAGCCCCAACCCCAACUCCCAACAAUGCCCGACGCCAAAGGCCGCCGCAUCGCCCUCGGAUGCGAAGGCUCCGCCAACAAGCUCGGCAUCGGCAUCAUCGCGCACGACCCCGUAACCGGCGAAGCCAUCGUCCUCUCCAACGUGCGCGACACCUUCGUCUCUCCGCCCGGCACCGGUUUCCUUCCAAAGGACACAGCCCGACACCACCGCGCCUACUUUGUUCGCGUAGCCAAGAAAGCUCUCGCCGCUUCGGGGGUCUCCAUCUCCGAAAUCGACUGCAUCUGCUACACCAAGGGACCGGGCAUGGGCGGGCCCCUAACGUCGGUGGCCGUGGGCGCCCGCACGCUGGCGCUGCUUUGGGGAAAAGAAUUGGUGGGCGUGAACCACUGCGUGGGCCACAUCGAGAUGGGGCGGGCGAUAACGGGGGCGUCGAACCCGGUGGUGCUGUACGUGAGCGGGGGCAACACGCAGGUGAUUGCGUACGCGGAGCAGCGGUACCGGAUUUUCGGGGAGACGCUGGACAUUGCGGUUGGCAACUGUCUGGACCGGUUCGCGCGCACGCUGGAGAUCAGCAACGACCCGGCGCCGGGUUACAACAUUGAGCAGCUGGCCAAGCAAGGGGGGCGAGUGCUUUUGGACUUGCCGUACGCGGUCAAGGGAAUGGAUUGCUCGUUCAGCGGAAUCCUGGGGCGGGCCGAUGACUUGGCGGCGCAGAUGAAGGCGGGCGAGCCGGGUCCUGACGGUGAACCGUUUACACCCGCGGAUUUGUGCUUCAGCUUGCAGGAAACGGUGUUUGCUAUGCUUGUCGAGAUCACGGAGCGGGCUAUGGCGCACGUCGGUAGCAACCAGGUUCUCAUUGUUGGCGGUGUCGGUUGCAACGAGCGGCUACAGGAGAUGAUGGGCGCAAUGGCGGCGGAGCGAGGCGGAAGUGUCUACGCGACUGACGAACGUUUCUGCAUCGAUAACGGCAUCAUGAUUGCUCACGCUGGUCUAUUGGCCUACGAGACAGGCUUUCGGACGCCGCUUGAGGAAAGCACAUGUACACAACGCUUCAGAACCGACGAAGUCUUCGUCAAGUGGAGGGACUAAUGACAAGGAAGGAGACGAAGAUGAAGAUGACCAUUACGAUGAUACCCCCAAUCCUAUAACCUUUACUCCAUCUACGGAAGCCACUCUACGUGCGCCUCUUGCUGUCCCUCGAUGCCUCCUUUACUGGAGCAGAAUCCCCAAGGACAGUUCGCUGACAACAGUUUGCGCCCGCUUACAUAAAGUGCCCUGGUCAUCGCUACAGCGUCGUACAAACAUUACUCGUAGACACGUAUAGAAUAGGUCAUACCAGGCGGUUCAUUUUGCACCGCUCUUUUACUGAUGACUUGCGCUGUUCGUCUAGUGUGGUAGCCACCAGCCAUCUGGUCCCAGUCCUGUCUACUAACCUUCCCAAACUCAAAUACCUUCUGUGGUUGUUGGCUUGUACAUGAUGGUCGUCACAUACUGUGGAGUCC